AUGAGCAAUGAAGUGAAAUCUACUAUCGGUGUAAAAGAGCGACUGUUAAGCGCUGUGGCAGGUUCGUUUCUAACUUCGCUGAUACUCACACCUAUGGAUGUGGUCAGAAUACGACUCCAACAGCAGCAGAUGCUUUCAGACUGUGUUUGUGAAGUUGGUAGCGAUUCGCUGGUGAAGGUUGAAACCGCUAAAGGCGUGUUCUGGCAGGAUGCUUGCUUCCAGGACGUUCAAUGUAAGAGCGGGCCAGUACGAUAUACUGGAACGCUGGACGCUUUUGGAAAAAUAGCUCAAGUCGAAGGUGUCACCAGCUUGUGGCGGGGAAUGUCUAUUACCCUUCUCAUGGCUGCACCUGCAAAUAUGGUCUAUUUCAUAGGAUACGAGACUCUCAGAGACAAAACGCAACUACAAGAAACACACCCUGUCGUCAACCCUCUUUUAUGUGGAGGCGUGGCACGAGUUCUAGCUGCGACAACAGUAGCACCCUUGGAGCUAUUAAGAACCCGCCUUCAAAGUAUACCGCGAUCUAGCCCCAAUUCCACGGCUACCAUGAUGUUCAAAGAUCUGAUGAAGGAAUCUCGCCUCGAAUUCUCUAAGAUCGGAUAUCGGGCAUUUUUCAAAGGUCUAGAAAUCACGCUAUGGAGGGACGUCCCUUUCAGUGCCAUAUAUUGGGGUACCUAUGAAUUCUAUAAGCAUAGGGUUGCUAAUGAUCCUGAUAAAACAAUCAUCAACUCCUCCAGCCAAAAAUGGAAUCAAUUUAUCAACAGCUUUGUAGGAGGCACUAUUGGCGGUACUAUAGCAGCUAUUUUUACUCAUCCUUUUGACGUUGGUAAGACGAGAAUGCAGAUUUCCUUUUCGAUGAGUACUUCCAACCCUUCAGAAAACGCAUCUAAGAAUAUGUUCAAAUAUUUGAACGAUAUCCGUACAAGGGAGGGCCUCCGAGCACUUUAUACUGGGAUGUUACCACGGCUUGUUAAGGUGGCCCCUAGUUGCGCCAUCAUGAUAUCCACCUACGAAGUUUGCAAGCUUUUUUUCAGUGCCUAA